AUGGUGCCGAGGUGGUCGAGGGGUGCCGGGCCGGUGAAGGAUGGGUGGCUGAUGAGGCGCGUGCCGGUUCAGGGAGGUGAUGCGUUGGUGGAGAGGGAGGAAGGGGAGGUGAGUGAGGUAGGUGAUGGUGAUGGUGAUGAUGAUGAUGGUGAUGAUGAUGAUGGUGGUGGUGGUGAUGGGGCUUUGGAGAAUGAGAUUGCGAUUUUGAUAGAUCAUACUUCGGUACUUUCCAUUGCAAGCUAG